CACACGGCCUUGGGAAUCACACACUACCAUCUCACCUCAUCAACGUGCUCAUACCGGACCUGCUACAGCUGCGCGGCCAGCUCCCUUUCUCCACAGAAAGCGAUCAUACACCUCCACUCACAGGGACACGCAAGACUUUCGUCUAGUCACCCUCGCCCUCUGCUCCAGGGCCACCCUCCCGCUUUUCGGAAGGUCUUCCCCCCCUCCUCCGCUCACUUCCUCCUCCUUCCUUCCACUCCUUCCACACUUUCCACCUUCUAAUGUCCCGCUCCUUUUUCGCCCCAGAUGCGGGUCAGUCCUCUUCCUCGGCCGACACUCGAUUGAACCUCGGCGGUGCAGCAGGCACAGGCACAUCAACGCCAGACUAUGGUCGUUCAUCACCUCCGCUGGGAGGCCGAGACGAAGCGCGUGUGCCCUUUCUGAACGGCAAUGGUCGCCCCGAUGAUCCCGAAGCGGGAAAGAGACAGAGAGUUGGAAGGAGUGCUAGCAUUUCGGGCGCAAGUGGGGAGUCACUAGCUGGACUAAAGGCGCUGCCGCCCAUCUUGAGCUACUGUUCCGCCAGUAUCCUCAUGACGGUCAUCAACAAGUUCGUACUGUCUGGCGCGCACUUUUCGAUGAACCUGAUGAUGCUCCUUAUUCAGUCCGUGGUAGGCGUACUGUGCGUCAUUGCUGCAAACCAAAUCGGCUGGAUUGAACUGAGGCCGUGGAGCAACAAGGAUGCGCGAGCCUGGGCACCGAUAUCGACUCUGCUGGUGCUGACCAUUUGGACAGGAAGCAAAGCUCUGCAAUACCUCAACAUUCCCGUCUACACCAUCUUCAAGAACCUCACCAUUAUCCUCAUCGCCUACGGCGAGGUCAUCUGGUUCGGCGGACGCGUCACCCUCCUCGUCUUCUUUUCAUUCACCCUCAUGGUCCUCUCAUCAGUCAUUGCCGCAUGGUCUGACAUCGCCCGAGCUCUGGCAAUCUCCCAGAUGUCCAUGCCCCACACUCCUGACUCCGUCCUGGGUGGAGCCACCUUCGAUCCUGCUACAGGCAAGCCGAUUAGCGCCUUUGACGCAAUGGGCGAUGAAAAGAGCAGACUGAACGCCCUUGCUGCAGGUGCCGCGGGCAUGGGAGACGUUGCGGGCCAGGACGACGUGCUGGAGGGCAUGUCCGGAUGGGGCGUCCUCAACUCUGGGUACAUGUGGAUGGCGCUGAACUGCAUAGUCAGCGCAGCAUACGUCCUGAUCAUGCGGAAACGGAUCAAGGUAACAGGAUUCAAGGACUGGGAUACAAUGUACUACAACAAUCUCCUCUCCGUGCCCGUUCUCCUUAUCAUGUCCAUCCUGGUGGAAGAUUGGUCCGCUGCGAACUGGGCCGUCAACUUCCCCGCUGAGACGAGGACACGACUACUGAGUGCCAUUGUGUUCAGCGGCGCAUGUGCAGUCUUCAUUGGCUAUACCACGGCUUGGUGUGUGAGGACGACGAGCUCGACGACGUAUUCCAUGGUGGGAGCUCUGAACAAGUUGCCCCUGGCCAUUAGUGGCAUGGUGUUCUUCCACGACCCACCCAUCACCCUCGGCUCCACGUCUGCCAUUGGCGUCGGCUUUGGAGCAGGUGUGGUGUAUGCCGUGGCAAAGAAUCAGCAGGCCUCGGCGGCGAAAAAGGCAAGCGAGAGCCUAGCUACGGGCGGGCAAAGCGCUUCGAUCGGUGCAGCUGGCGGUGAGAACAAGAGGGACGGGGAGAUUCCGCUGUACAGGAUGGACGAGCGCGAUCGGAGGAAGGACUGAGGGGUGGGGCAAGGGGUGAUUGGGGACCAUUUCAGGGUUCAGAGUGACAGCGGUGGUGUCAGAGCACAGAUCUCACUAUAUAUGUCAUCAACGAUGCUAAUGCGAUGUAAUGCUCAACGAC